UGUACGUAUGAAAAUGGUUACACUUUUCGCUGAAACCUUUUUUAGUCUUGUUUCAUUUGCUCAAAUAAAAUUUCAUUCUAAAAAUGGAACUUCGGGUUUGUUCAUUUGAGUUGAGUUAGAUUUUUCAAGCGGAUGAAUUUAUCGGGCACGUUGUUACAAAACUCGAUUAUUUCGUUUUGUACUCAUCCAAUGUUCGUCCAUUAUUAGACGCCCGCGCACAUGUAGGCAGCAAACAUGAAGAAAAGACCUUUCGUAUUAAGAACUAUUAUGUAAUACAAUAUUUGUUGGUUCUUAUUUGUCUUGUCGUGAGACAAAUUAGCAUCGAUAUCUUAGCUUUCUGCUGUUAAAUGGUUUUCGUUUCGAGUUCAGACUGAUAAUCUUUCGUAACAACGAUCUCGAGUGUUCCGUCAAAAAAUAAAUUUAACAUGAAUGAUAAUAUGGAAGGGAAGCAAGCGCGUUUGGAGAAAUUGAAAGAGUACAAUAAAAUAUUGGCCGACUUGAAAAUUGUUUUCUGGAAAAAAUGGCAAGAGAAGAAGGAACAAAAUGGGAAACUCGAUGAUUUUGAGCGGAUUCGAACCAUCGGUACCGGUGCUUUUGGACGCGUCAUGUUAGUUAAACACAAAGUCACUUCUAUUUUCUAUGCCAUGAAAAUACUUCAGAAAGCUAGAAUAGUGAAGUUGACGCAAGUCCAGCAUACAUACAAUGAGAAGAAAAUAUUGCAAUGCAUUCAAUUUCCUUUCCUCGUUUUUAUGGAGUUUUUCUUCCAGGAUAAUACCUAUCUUUACAUGGUGUUGCCUUACGUUAGCGGUGGUGAAAUGUUUACGCAUCUUAGACGAAUGGGAAAAUUCGAUGAAUCCUUGGCACGAUUUUACGCAGCCCAAGUUGCUCUGGCUUUGGAGUAUCUUCAUCAAUGUAGCCUAGUAUAUCGUGAUUUGAAGCCGGAAAAUAUAUUGAUCCAAAAUACGGGUUAUAUUCGUGUCACCGAUUUUGGCUUUUGUAAGAUGAUAGAAGGUAGAACAUGGACGCUAUGUGGUACACCGGAUUACCUCGCACCAGAAGUGAUCCUUUCAAAGGGUUACAGUCAAGCCGUCGAUUGGUGGAGUUUCGGUGUGCUGUUAUACGAAAUGAAUGCCGGGUAUCCCCCUUUCUAUGCAAACGAACCGAUGAAGAUUUACGAAAAAAUUAUCUCUGGUAAAUAUAAGUAUGCUCAACACUUUAGUGAGGAUCUGAGAGACAUUAUAAAGAACAUGCUGCAGGUAGACCUAUCCAAAAGAUAUGGAAACUUAAAAAAUGGAACGAAGGACAUAAAGAUGCAUCGAUGGUUUCAGACAAUUGAUUGGAAUCAAAUUUACUAUCAGAAAAUACAACCAUCGUUCAUACCAAAAUGUGAUCAUCCUGGUGACACGAGUAAUUUCAAUGUUUACAAGGAAGAGGCUAUGAAGAUCGAUAUCGUCGAUCAUUAUGCUGAAGAAUUCGCCAACUUUUGACAAUCGUUAAUUCUAGA